GGUUUUUGACGCCUUUGGAGUGAGAAUGGGUUGCGAAAUCUGACACCUUCCUUGAACAAGACCAAAGAGCUAUAUUUUGACCUUGCUGGGCGUUGGUCUGAUGGCCAGAUGAGUUUCCGUUUCUUUCUUUCACUUCUGUUAUUUUACAUUUUCUCUUCUUGGUAAUAAGUUCUUUUGUCAGUCCUCUACUACUGAAAACUACUUCUAGAAAGGAACAUGAACGCAUCACUUUUUUUACUUUUUCAAAUUGUUCUGCUCUAUGAUGCUUUGGGUUGGGAAGUGAGGAUGCCAAAACUAAUACACGGUCUCAGAGGUUCCUGUCUGGUUAUACCAUGUUCUUUCAGCUACACAUCAUACCCACCUGUAAACCCAAACAGAAUUGUGUGGUAUCAGUACGUCUCUAGAGGUUAUCCGUUAGUUUAUGAUCCAAGGAAUCCAAAUGAUGUUAUUUUGAAGUUCAGAGGGAAAACUGAUUUAUAUAGAACACAUAGUUGGGAUUGCAGUCUGCUGAUUAAAAACCUGGAACAGUCCCACCAUGGAGAAAAAUUAUACACAUGGAUUGACCCUGAAAAUGUUGGAAAGAGCACCUACGCAUUUUAUGAUGUCACUUCUACAAUUCAAGUUGAUGCAAGUCCACAGCAGCCCAGCCUCAGUAUUUCUGGAGGUAAAAGGAUAGGUGACACCAACACAGUAGAAUGUUCAACUUUCCACACAUGUCCAUACAGAAAACCAACCAUCACUCUGAAUGGUAUAGAAGGAUCUGAUCAAAUAGACAAUGAGCAUAUUAAAGAUGGCCUGUGGAAAAGCACUCUGACACGCACAGGUGUCGUAAAGAAAGAGCGCUUUACUAUUCAGUGUUCAGUAACACAUUAUGGUGGAACAACUGUCACAGCAACUAAGGACAAAAUUGCAGAAUGUGUUCAUCAAAAAAUAACAAUUAAGCCUGAACUGGCAGAUGUUACAGUUGGCGUUGCAAAGAACUUCACUUGUAGCGUCUACCAUUCCUGCCAGAAAGAGCCAACCAUCACAUGGAACUAUAAGAACAUGCAAAUUACAAAGUGGAGCAAAACACAUUCAGAUUUAAAUCGGGUCACCUACUCUCACAUAACCUUUCUGGGUGCAAAAGAAGACCAUGGGAAGGAAUUGAUUUGCACCGCAAAUUUUUCUGGAGGAAAAAUUACAACCUCUGUUGUUUUACGUGUACAAUGUGUCCAACAUAACAUAUCGAUUGAGCCUGAACUGGCAGAUGUCACCGAGGGCAUCCCAAAGAACUUAACUUGUAGCGUCUACCAUUCCUGCCAGAAUGAGAAUCCAAACAUCACAUGGAACUAUGAGAACAUGCAGGUCACAGAGUGGAGCAAAACACUUUCUACUUUAGAUCAGAUCAGCUAUUCUAGCAUAAGCUUUCUGGGUGCAAAAGAAGACCAUGGCAAGAAAUUGAUAUGUACAGCAAAAUUUUCUGGAAGAGAAAUUACGGCAUCUGUUGUCUUAAAUGUGCAAUACCCAUUGCUCAUUGGACUGAAGACUAUUGGUCUUUACAUCUUAACACCGUCACUUGUGUUCCUUCUGACUUGUAUACUCGCUGGAGUCAUCGUAUACAAAAAGAGACAAAGGUCAAAAGAUGCAGUGUCAGGAAACAAACCUUUCUCCAAUCCUCGAAUGCCGUCACCAAAGAGUUAUCCAAAAUCCUGCCCUGAAAAUGAUUAUGACAAUGAUUAUGAAGCUGAAUACGCCAACAUGGGUGAACUCAGCAUUUAUGGAAAUAUCUGAAGAACAUCAACAUCAAAACAAAAUGGGUUCAAAACAAUGUUUGUAAAAAUAUUAACAAUGUUUGAUUUUAUUGAUAAUAACAAAACAUGUGUCAUGCAUAUCUGCAUCUCUUUUAUAAUUACAGAUGUAUUUAGAUUUGUUAAGCAAACAGCUACUAUGAUUUAUGUUUAUGAAUUAUAUGUUUUAGCUGAUUUAAACAAAACAAAACAAAUAUUACAAAUAAAAAAAUCUACUACUUUUGUUCCUGACUAUUAAAUAUGAUUGAGUCAAUGUUAUGUUCAGACAGUGACAUUCCAAACUGAAAGUGAGGCUGCUUCUUAGAAAUGCAUUAAGGCAUUGAAACCAAAUGUUGUGCAUGUCGUCACCAUCCUGAGAGUACUUUGAACAGUAUGCAGACAGCGCCACCUAGUAGUCAGGAAAUCAUAACAAUUGCGCAUACAGAUACAGCAUAAAUUAAAUAUGGGAUCUGCCA